AUGUCUCUCCGGCAGGAUCUUCGCGUCGGCAACAAGUACCGCAUCGGUCGUAAGAUCGGAAGUGGCAGCUUCGGUGAUAUCUACCUCGGCACCAACAUCAUCUCUGGUGAAGAGAUUGCCAUCAAGCUUGAGUCGGUCAAGGCCAAGCACCCCCAACUCGAAUAUGAGGCCCGUGUCUACAAGUCGCUCGCUGGUGGUGUCGGUAUCCCAUUUGUCCGCUGGUUCGGUACCGAGUGUGACUACAAUGCCAUGGUUCUUGAUCUCCUCGGCCCUAGCUUGGAGGAUCUCUUCAACUUCUGCAACCGCAAGUUCUCCUUGAAGACCGUUCUUCUGUUGGCCGAUCAACUCAUCUCCCGCAUCGAGUACAUCCACGCCAAGUCCUUCAUCCACCGUGAUAUCAAGCCUGAUAACUUCCUCAUGGGCAUCGGCAAGCGCGGCAACCAGGUCAAUGUCAUCGAUUUCGGAUUGGCCAAGAAAUACCGUGACCCCAAGACCCACUUCCACAUCCCUUAUAGGGAGAACAAGAACUUGACCGGAACUGCUCGUUAUGCCUCCAUCAACACCCACUUGGGCGUCGAGCAAUCCCGCCGCGACGACAUGGAGUCUCUCGGAUACGUUAUGUUGUACUUCUGCCGUGGCUCCCUCCCAUGGCAAGGUCUCAAGGCUGCUACCAAGAAGCAGAAGUAUGACCGCAUCAUGGAGAAGAAGAUGACAACUCCCACUGAGGUUCUCUGCCGAGGUUUCCCCAACGAGUUUGCCAUCUACCUCAACUAUACUCGUUCCCUCCGCUUUGAUGACAAGCCGGACUACUCUUACCUCCGAAAGAUCUUCCGCGAUCUCUUCGUCCGUGAGGGUUUCCAGUAUGACUAUGUCUUCGAUUGGACCGUCUACAAGUACCAGAAGAAUGCCCAAGCCAUUGCCCAGGCCGCCGGUCAACAGCCCAACCAGGAUGAUGACGAGAAGCCCGGCCGUACCCGUACCAAUGCUGCCACUGCCGGUGGACCGACCCCCCAGCACGCCUCCAGUGCAUCCAAGCCAGGAGCCAUUUCCGGAUCCCGCGCCCGCAAGGUCAUGGAGCGUGGUGCCAGUGGAGCUGGUGUUGACACUCCCGAUACCAAUAGAGCCGUCGGUGGAAGUGAUAGGAUGUGA